AUGUCUUUCGAGAGGGGAGGAGGAGGUAGAUGCAAUCCGAGCAUUGAGUGCUCCGCUGUCUGCAAGGAAAUUACAUCUUUAAACCUCACACACAAAACCCUGCAGCUAGCAGCACCAGUCCAGUCAGUCAGACUAAGGGGGGCAGCAGGGUGGGAGCCUCCUUCUUCAACACAAGAAUUGAAAGUCAAGAAGCAAAGGGUUGAAGAACAAUAAACUCCUCUGGGGACAGGGACAAGUCUUUUUGGAAACUUAACACUGCAUUUAAAAUUGUAUCACCGGAAAGAAAACGAUAUUUGAAAUAAGAAGAAAGAGGACAAGGUCAGCACUGGAAUAAUGAAGACAUUACUUCUCCUGUGUUCCUGGAUGAUCCUCUGCAAUGCACUGCCAUUUGAACAAAGAGGAUUCUGGGACUUUUCGAUGGAUGAUGGACUCACAAUGAUGAAAGACGAGGCAAAUGAAGAUGGGUCAGGUUUUACUGUACCUCCUAAAGUCGAUGGUCCUACCACUCUUCCCCCUUUUAUGCCUCCUAUGGAUAUAUGUCCAUUUGGAUGCCAGUGCCACCUUCGGGUAGUACAGUGCUCUGACCUUGGUCUGACCAGUGUGCCCAAGAAUAUUCCAAAGGACACCACCCUCCUGGAUCUGCAGAAUAACAAAAUCACGGAAAUUAAAAAAGACGAUUUCAAGGGACUUACCAACCUUUAUGCCCUGGUUUUAGUAAACAACAAAAUCUCCAAAAUUAAUGAGAAGGCAUUCGAGCCAUUGCAGAAGCUGCAGAAGUUGUACAUCUCAAAAAACAGCCUUGAAGAAAUUCCUGGGAGUCUACCCAAGUCUCUGGUGGAGCUUCGCAUUCAUGAAAACAAGAUCAAGAAGAUCUCUAAGGAUGCAUUUAAUGGUCUCAAGAACAUGAACUGCAUAGAAAUGGGAGGAAACCCACUUGAGAAUGGAGGUAUUGUCGCUGGAGCUUUUGAUGGACUGAAACUCAACUACCUUCGUAUCUCAGAAGCCAAAUUAAGCGGCAUCCCCAAAGGUCUACCAAGCAGUCUUAACGAGCUGCACCUUGACCACAACAAGAUUCAGGCCAUUGAGAUGGGAGAUCUGAGCCAGUUUUCCAAUUUAUACAGGCUAGGACUGGGAUACAAUAACAUCAGAGCGGUAGAAAAUGGCAGCCUGUCCACUCUGCCCACUCUAAGAGAACUCCACCUGGACAAUAAUAAGCUCUCCAAGGUUCCUCCAGGACUUCCUGAUAUGAAAUUUCUCCAGGUUGUCUACUUGCACUCCAACAACAUCACCCAAGUCGGAGUGAACGACUUCUGCCCAGUAGGAUUUGGAGUGAAACGCGCCUACUACAACGGCAUCAGCCUCUUCAACAACCCAGUCCCAUACUGGGAAGUACAGCCGGCCACUUUCCGCUGCGUUACCGACCGCCUGUCCAUCCAGUUUGGGAAUUACAGAAAGUAAAACGCAGUGGGAGGAAAAUUCUCAAAAGAAUUAAAGAAAGUAAAAAAAAAAAAAAGAGCGACAUGGUGAAAACAGAAGAGUAGAGCAAAAAAAUAAAAAAUGUAACAAAUAAACCCAGUGAUAAGAGGCAGCCAUUAAAUCCCACGCUUUAGGUAUCCUUUCUGCCCUGCCUGAUUUCUGGCACCGCUGUAUAGAUAACCAGAAUGGAGUUUCAGGUAGGCAGUAGUCGCACUAAACUUGUAUAGCCACAAUUCUGUAUCCCCGUAAUGGAAAGCUUUUAGCCAGCCUGUAGUUCCCCGGCCUACCAACUCCCAGCAUGUUUUCUAGCCGGGCGAGCCACGGGAUGCCUAUCUUUCAUAUAUUGCACUGAAAGUGCAGUGUGUAAAAAGUGCAGAUCCAGUAUCCACACUCUCGAAAGGCUCCUAUUGAGACUGACAUCAGCACUCGAUGAGUUAAUCUCCCUCUAUAUAGUCAGGCAUUGCAAUGCAUUGGUGACGUAUGGAUAGGUUCCGCUGAAUGCAGCCUGCAUCCCUCAUAAACUAUGGGACCAGUGUGGGUAUUGGUCAAUGACUUGACAGUCCCAAAUAAAAUUUACCACCCGUCUUCCGUCUUCUAGUUUUCUUAGCUAUUGCAGGGCUCGUCCAUGCGGUCUUGCAGUGCAAGGCAUUGCAGGGUCCCUAAACCGUGAAAAGAGUUUAAACUCCCUCCAUGGUAUAAAAGUUAAUAGCCCCGGCUGAGAGAGACAACGAGGCCUGUGAUGGUAGCGCCGCACUUUAUUCAUCCCUAUAAUACAUGCCGGAUCAUGCAUAAGCUUUGUAAACCACACGCAGUAGUAGCGGCCUUUACGUUAAACUUUGUGCCUUUGUAAAUUGCUUAUGGGAGGAAUCAGUGGGUCCAUAGGGUUAUACUGCCACCUAGAGGGAAUCAAUGGCAAUACGUGCAAGCAGGGUGCAAGAGAUGCAGUACAACACCCAAUAUCGCAAAAUGUAUGUUCUUGUAUUUCUUUUACAUACAAAUGUGUCUUUUUUUUUUUUUGUAGAUAUUCCAAAAGCAAUAAAAUCAGUGGUGGAUA